AACGAACGCAAUUCUCUCCUUCCCAAAUAAAAACCUCACCACUCCUGCGGACUGCGAGCCUGCGGCCCUGUCUCUCUCUCUGUGUCCUCCACCUCCUCGUGCUCUCGCCUCCCUCCAACACCCUUCUCGCCGCCGCCGCCGCCCCCUCGCCGGAACCCUAAAUGGACGCCGGCACCGGCGCCGGCGCUGGCGCGCCCUACGCCUCCCGCACGGCGGAGGAGGUCUUCCGCGACUUCCGCGGCCGCCGCGCCGGCAUGAUCAAGGCCCUCACCCAAGAAGUGGACAAGUUCUACCAGCUCUGCGACCCCGAAAAGGAGAACUUGUGCCUUUAUGGGUACCCUAAUGAAACAUGGGAAGUGACGUUGCCAGCUGAGGAAGUCCCCCCAGAGAUUCCUGAACCAGCACUUGGAAUCAACUUUGCUAGGGAUGGCAUGAACGAGAAGGAUUGGUUGGCACUAGUUGCUGUUCACAGUGAUUCCUGGUUGUUGGCUGUUUCAUUCUACUUCGCGGCACGGUUUGGAUUUGACAAAGAGGCAAGGAGGCGACUCUUCAACAUGAUAAAUAACCUGCCUACAAUAUUUGAAGUCGUGACCGGGGCUGCAAAGAAGCAGAUCAAGGAGAAGGCCCCCAACAGUACGCACAAGAGCAAUAAUAAGCCAAGCAUGAAAACUUAUUCAAAGCCUGAGUCCCAGUCAAAGGCCCCAAAGAUAGCGGCACCCCCAAAGGAUGAAGACGAGAGCGGCGAGGACUAUGGAGAAGAAGAGGAGGAAGAGCGCGACAACACCUUGUGUGGUACCUGUGGAACAAACGACGGCAAGGACGAGUUCUGGAUCUGCUGCGACAACUGCGAGCGGUGGUACCAUGGGAAAUGCGUCAAGAUCACGCCUGCUCGAGCCGAGCACAUCAAGCACUACAAGUGCCCAGACUGCAGCAACAAGAGGGCGAGGGCGUAACGGCGACAAACAGCACCAGCAGGGCGGCAGGACUCGGAAUGGAACCAGCGCCGGCACCAAAUCGCCAUCGUCGAUGCCUGCUGCAGCCUGCAGAUAUGGCCUAGCUCUCUAGCUCAUCAUAGACUCGCUUUUCGUUUCAGUCGAACACUGUUGAUUCACCCUUGACCCUGCAGUUCGUUCAUGUUGGUCCGACUCUUGACUUGUGUGUGUUUUAAACCGUUGGUUGGUCGGUGUAGUAGUGUUGUACCAGCUUCGAUCUCUUCAGCGGACAUGUCAAAGGCGUUCUUCAACUGAAAGGACCCGAAAGCUGACACCAUUGUUUCUGGCCUUGUUAGCCUCGUCUCGUUCCUGGGCAUAUAUAUAUGUUGCUGGUCUUGUUUCC